AUGAGUUCUCCGCUGUUUCUCGGGCAGCUGGUCGGGGUUCCGUUGGAGAUCAUGCACCCCACCACCAUGGAGAAGGACACCACCUACACCAAGAUCUUCGUCGGCGGGUUGCCGUAUCACACCAACGACGCGUCACUUCGGAAAUAUUUCGAGACUUUCGGUGACAUCGACGAGGCGGUGGUCAUCACGGACAAACAGACGGGCAAGUCCAGAGGAUACGGCUUUGUGACCAUGGUGGACCGGGGAGCAGCGGAGCGGGCGUGCAAAGACGCCAACCCCAUCAUCGACGGCAGGAAGGCCAACGUGAACCUGGCGUACCUCGGAGCGAAGCCUCGCAGCUCGCAAUCUAGUCUCUCUGUUGGAGUUCAGCAAGUCCAUCCUACGUGGGCUCAGAGGCAAUACGGGCUCUCCCAGCAGUACGUCUACCCUCAGGCCUUCCUGCAGCCCAGCCUGAUGCUGCAGCCCCAGCUCAGCCCCGCCUCCCCUUACCUGGACUACAGCUCCGCCUACAGCCACUACGCCCCCGCGGGCCUGGAGCAGUACCCCUACGCCCCGUCGCCCUCCGCCGGCUACCUCGGCUACAGCUUCUCCCCCGGCGCGCCGGCGUCCCCGACCCCUCCGGCCGCCCUCCACCCUCCCCUGGCUGCGCUCGCCGCCAUGUCCGCCGCCCCGCAGGCCUUCCUCCACUACCCCCUGCACCAGCCCGACCGCAUGCAGUGA